UGAAGGACUGUUCCUCCUCCUGCGCGCGGCGGGACUUUGAGCUGAGAACGGAGAGUUUUCCGAUGCAAAAGUACAUGUAUGAGAAAGCAAUGGCCCAAGAGACCAGGAACGGGGGAGCCUCCACGUUAAAUAACAGCGGAGUUGGGACCGGGAAGAAGAAGGUUCUGGUCGUGUUGGACAUCUUCUGUCUCCUGCUCGCUAGCCUGCCUUUCCUGAUCAUUGAGACUAGCACCGUUAAUCCGUACCAGCGUGGGUUUUACUGUUCGGACGAGUCCAUCCGCUACCCCCAAAAAGAGGGAGACACCAUUAGUGAUGCUGUGCUUUGCGGUGCUGGCAUUCUUAUUGUCAGCUUCUCUAUAAUGAUCGGAGAAUGCUUCAGGAUUCAUCAACUUCAUGACGGAACCAAGUCCUUCGUUGGCAAUCCUUAUGUUGCAGCUCUCUACAAACAGAUCGGCGUGUUUCUCUUUGGCUGUGCCGUUAGCCAGUCUUUCACAGACAUCGCCAAAGUGUCGGUGGGCCGGAUGAGACCGCACUUCUUGGAUGUGUGUAAGCCAGAUUUCUCCACCAUCGACUGCUCGGUUGGGUACAUCACCAACUACACCUGCACUGGCAGAGACAGUGAAGUACAAGAGGCCAGGAAAUCCUUUUUCUCAGGACAUGCCUCGUUCUCACUGUAUACCAUGCUCUACCUUGCUUUCUAUAUCCAGUCCAGAUUUACGUGGAGAGGUGCUCGACUUCUGCGUCCGCUGCUCCAGUUCACUGUGUUGAUGAUGGCCUUCUACACCGGCUUGUCGCGCGUGUCUGACCACAAGCACCACCCCACGGAUGUGUUGGCUGGCUUCGUGCAGGGAGCUCUGGUGGCCUACUGCAUAGUUUAUUACGUCUCAGACCUCUUCAAGCCCAGGGAGAAGGUGGUCUCGCCCCCGCCCUCCCCCAUCAAGAAGGAGCUGCUCCCUUCAUCUGACAUCAUCGAGAGGAACAACCACCACAACAUGGUGUAAGGGGAGGCCACGCCCUUCCUGUGUCUGAGGAGCCAAUCACAGAGCUGCUCACCUCCCAUCGGACAGUAGAAUGUAGCAACAAGAGACUAGCUGCUCUUUAUACUGCACCCCCCCCCCCCUCUGCACUGCCCCAAGAGGCAGACGGGGGGUCAGAUUCAAGAGAUGAACAGCUAAAGUCCAACCUGACUCUGCAGGAUUAUCGUGUUCUGGUCCUGCUUAGGCUUCCAUCCACGGCCGUUUCAGGCACAGAGAGAAUCAGACGUAGUGAAGACUGGACGGGCUCCGCUUCAACGGAAGUAUGGACCACACGGGAAAACUCUAAUGAAGAAAGGCGACUGGACAGAAACAAGAUUCAGACUGAAAGAAUAAAAGCCAACUCUGUGCCUGAGCAGGGAGGAUGCUCCUCCUCUAUCUCUGUGGCCUUCAACCCCCACCAACAGUGAGGGUGUGACUGCACGGAGCAAAACAUAGAACUAUUAGCACUGUUUCCACUUCAUUCUUCAAAUCACCACUUGCUGCCUCAGCGUUUGCCUGACAGAAGGCUGAUGGGGCUGACAUGAGACACGCUUCAUUUCAUUCAUACCCACUUCGGUUCUGCUCCUGAAGGGUCUUCUCGUUUCUACUGGUUCUAGAGCAGCUUACAGAACGCCGAUGCCCUCUCAGGACAGACUUCCCGUCUGUCUGCAGGUCAGCAGGUCAGCCUUCUGUCAGUGGACUCGGAGCAGCCUAAACCCGGGAUGUUGCAGUUUUUGAGGUUAGAUGUAGUGAAGGGGUGGGGGGUGUCUGUGGAGGAAGGAAGGCUGACCUCUAAGCCUCCCCACACCCACCUCAGAGGCGUGGCUGUGCCACUGGCCUUCAGAUGUUAGAGCAUCUGUCAGGACACCUGAACAGGAAGGCUGCAGGUGGACAAAGUGAAGGGGUGUAGCCUGUCACCACUGAGAAGGGGACACUUUACAGCUAAGCUGGCACAUUUUGGGAUGGUUUGGGCUGUUUCUGCUGGCAGGAGGGGCCCACGCCAUCACUCAUUGGUGAUGGAUGUUUGUGUGUGAAUGUGUUCUGUAUAUCUGUCUCAGUUCUCCUCUGAGUGGGACUGCAUGUCUCACCCCAGAAACCCCCUCCAGAUGAACAGUGUGGCAAUAGAACACACUGCCAGCUAUGCCAGGUAUGUGUGUGUGUGUGGGGAGGGGACUGUGGAAGUGAAAUGUCAAUGCUGCAGAGCAUGCUACGUGCUGCAUGUUUCUAGCCGGUCCUGUGUAAUCACUAACAGCUGUAAAGCAGCACACACAUGCACCCCAAUGCCA